AUGACAAAUUCUCUAAAAGAAAAGAAAGCGUCCCUAUUGUACAAAUUAUUUCGCACUCUGGUCACGUGGCAUCACAAAAGCAAACAACCAUGGAGUGACCAAUACGUUCGUGAGUCGUUCAGUAAACGUAACUGUUCCACUAUUCUUACAGACUCAUUUAGAGUACAGAAUCCAACAGUGGAGGAGAAAGACUUCCCCAUCGCAUAUUCAAUUCAAGUAUACAAAGGAGCUGCCCUUCUCCAGAAACUGUUAUCUGCCGUAUACAUGCCCCAUAAUGUAUACUGCAUCCACAUCGAUCAGAAGUCAUCAGAAACGUUUCGUCGUGCUGUAAUCAAAAUGACAAAGUGUCUUCCUAAUGUGUUUAUCACGACAAAAACGGUUAAUGUUAUUUACUAUCACAUUUCGCUUCUUGAGGCACAGCUCAAUUGCAUGGACGAUCUACUGCAGAGUAAAACACAGUGGAAAUACCUGAUUAAUUUGGUUGGACAGGAUUAUCCUUUGUAUGAAAACAAAGAAAUUGUUAAAGCACUUAAAGGUUUUCUUGGCUAUAACAUCAUUGAGAGCGGAGAAUUGCCCAAAGGACAAGAUACCCGCGUGCGAUACUCUUAUGACUUUGUGAAACAAUUUAAUGGGUUUGAGCACUCUGCAUAUCUUCCACGAAGGGCAAGGCUAAAACCUCAGCCUCCAAAUAAUAUUACCAUUUUAAAGGGAUCUACUUUUACAUCUUUGACAAGAGAAUUCUGUAAGUACCUUCGAAAUGACUCAUUACCAAAAAGACUAUUCAGUUGGUUAGAUGACACUCUCGCCCCUGAGGAAUCAUUUUACUCCUCUCUUCAACAAGUCAAAGGUGUGCCCGGGGGUUACCAUGGUAAUCAGAGCGAAUGGAUCAUGCGCGCAAUUCACUGGGAGACAAACGACAAAACUGUCAAGUGCUAUGGAAAGUGGCUGCGAUCGGUUUGUGUCAUUGAUUUUCCAGACUUCGUAUGGGUCUUCGGAAGAAACAACAGAAGAAAACUGUUUGUGCAAAAACUCCCUUUUAAUUUCGAUGAACGAGUUCAUGAUUGUCUUGAUCUUGGAAAAAAGAAACGGGUUUAUGACACUUUUAUUUAUCAACCAUAA